GGGGAGAUUGUUAGCCUUACUUUCCCCGUAAUAUAAGACAGGCCCACUGAAGGUCAACUGCCUUGAGCAAGAAACAGGCAAGAGCAGAACCAUCACCCAGGGAUGGGCGAGUUGCCACCAGCCGUGGUAUUAGAUAAUGGCUCAGGUCUCCUCAAGGCUGGUGUGGCUGGCGACAAAGAACCACGGGUCAUCUUCACCAACUUGAUCGGUCGUCCCAAGGCCAAGUCUGUGAUGCUAGGUGCUGGUCAGAAGGACUUCUACAUUGGAGAUGAAGCACAAGCCAAACGAGGGAUCCUCUCCCUCAGAUACCCAGUGGAACACGGAAUUGUCACUUCCUGGCCAGACAUGGAGAAAAUAUGGAAACAUGUUUAUGAAAAUGAGCUGAGGUUAAAUUCUAGCACAAGACCAGCACUGAUAACUGAAGCACCACUCAACCCACUGGCUAAUCGGGAACAAAUGACACGCCUGCUCUUUGAAAAAUUCGAAGUACCAGCUCUCUACGUGGCCAUCCAAGCUGUGCUGGCACUUUAUGCUGCAGGACUCACUACGGGUUGUGUGAUGGAUUCUGGUGAUGGCGUUACCCACACCGUCCCAAUCUUUGAAGGCUACUGUUUGCCUCAUGCUGUACUCCGCCUUGACCUAGCAGGCCGGGAUCUUACAGACUACCUCAUGAGGAUCCUGAGAGAAAGUGGCAUAGCAUUAGUAAGCACGGCUGAGAGGGAAAUUGUGCGAAUCAUCAAAGAGGCCUUGUGCUAUGUCUGCCUGAACCCUGAGGAAGAGAUGGCUAAAAAACCUACUGCAAUAGAAAAAACAUGGAAAUUGCCUGAUGGGCAGAUUAUUAAAAUCCACAAUCAAUUGUUUCGCUGCCCUGAGACCCUCUUUCGCCCUUCUAACAUUGGGAUGGAGGCCCCAGGAAUUGAUAAGCUCCUAUUCAAUACCAUCAUGAAGUGUGACAUCGACUUGAGAACCACUUUAUAUGCCAACAUACUCCUUUCUGGUGGCUCUAGUCUCUUUCCUGGCAUUGCUGAACGCUUGACUAAGGAGAUCACUCGCAUGGCUCCCAAAGACACUGAAGUUAUGGUACAAGCACCUCCUGACAGGAAGAUCUCUGUUUGGAUGGGGGGAUCUAUUCUUGCUUCUCUCUCUGCUUUCCAGGAGAUGUGGAUUUCUAAGGAAGAAUAUGCUGAAGUUGGGCCUAAUAUAGUACACAGGAAGUGCUUCUAGAAUCCUGUUGUAUUGAAACAAUUUUUAUUUAAGAAGCAGUGGGGAAGAACUUCAAAUUCAUGACAUCCUCAGUGAGGCUUGCAGCCUUACCACUUUUCAAAAGAAGAAUAAAAGUAACAAGUCCAUA